CCGUCAGUCACCAAGGCAAGCAAAAAUCCGAAGUGCGAGGCUUUGCGUUCGAUCAAUAAAAUAUCAAAGACAGGGUUUAAGAAAGGGUUAAGGGCUUAAGGCGGCUGCUAGCUUACUGGUUACUACCCCCCUUUCUCAGUCUCUAUGAAUUCCAUUGUUUCUGCAAAUUCAUUCAUCGACCCAUUUCCUCUGAUCCCAGUUUCAUCAAUUAAUUUACUCCAAAAAAAUUUGAUUUUAAUUUGAUGUCCAGAAGCCAAACCCCACUGUCCCCUGCAAAUAUCAGCAAGAAUUUUACAUUUCAUAGCCCCUUAAUUUUCCACAAAAACCCAUCAAUGAUAUCAACAACUGUGUGGAGAAAUUUUGCUAAGCAAGCCAUUUCUAGGAAGCAGAGGUUUCACAUCAAUUCGCAGUCUUUUUCACGAGCUUAUAGCCUUCUGGGUAUUUGCCAGGAAUCGGUUUUCCCGGGAAAUUUCAAGCCUUUUGAGCUGAGUUCUUGCUCAAGCUUGAGGUUUUCUGAGGUGGGUUUUCGCGGGAAAGGUGCUAUUUCUUCACCUGAGGAUUGUAUGUGUAAGCCCAGUUUCUGGUCUGUGAGGAAUCCAAUUUGGUUUAAUGGGUUUUGUCCCAAAGGGUAUGCGAGCGUAGCUGAGGCUGUAUCUUCCACUGAUGUUGAGGAAGAAGUGUCUGUUGUUGAUGAAGUUCAAGAAUUAUUGCAACAAAUGAGUAUAGAGGAGAAGAGGGAGGCCCAAUAUAAGCAGCGGACUAGGCAGAAUAGAGCGAGAGGAAUGGGGCAAGGGAAGUACCACAUGCUUAAGAGAAGACAGAUAAAGAUUGAAACUGAAGCAUGGGAACGGGCGGCCAAGGAGUACAGGGAGCUUAUGAUGGACAUGUGUGAGCAGAAGUUAGCACCCAAUUUGCCAUACAUGAAGUCUUUGUUUCUUGGUUGGUUUGAGCCUUUGCGCAAUGCCAUUGACAAAGAGCAGGACCUGUGUCGGAAAGGAAAGAAUAAGACAGCUUACGCACCGUAUAUUGAUCAGUUACCAGCUGAUAUGAUGUCAGUUAUUACAAUGCAUAAGUUGAUGGGAUUGCUGAUGACUGGAGGCGAACAUGGAACUUGCAGGGUGGUAGCGGCUGCUUGCACGAUAGGUGAAGCCAUUGAGCAGGAGGUUAGAAUACACAAGUUCUUGGAAAUGACGAGAAAGAAAAAGGUUGACAAAGAUCAGGAAAAUGGGGAGUCUGAUGCUGCAAAGAAGGAACGAGAGAAGUUGAAUAAAAAAGUCACUAAUUUGAUGAAAAAACAAAAACUGAAAGCAGUGAGAGGGAUAGUGAGCAAACAUGAUGCUUCAAAAUCAUGGAGCCUGGAAGCCAGGGCUAAGGUCGGCAGUCGUUUGAUUGAAUUGUUGACUCAAACAGCUUUUAUACAGCCUCCAGCUGACCAGUUAGCAGAUGGUCCACCGGAUAUACGACCUGCAUUUGUACACACAUUUAGGACUGUUGCGAAAGAUGCAAAGAAUGCCAGCAGAAGAUAUGGGGUUAUUGAAUGUGACCCUCUUGUUCUCAAAGGCCUUGAGAAAACAGCAAGGCACAUGGUGAUUCCUUAUAUGCCGAUGUUGGUACCACCAUUGAACUGGACUGGUUAUGACAAAGGAGGGUACUUUUUCCUACCAUCCUAUGUCAUGCGCAUUCAUGGAGCGAGACAGCAGCGUGAAGCAAUUAAGAGGACCCCAAGGGAGCAACUGGAACCAGUUUUUAAGGCCCUGGACGCUCUUGGGAAUACCAGAUGGAGAGUUAAUAAGAGGGUACUUAGUGUUGUAGAUAGAAUAUGGGCUAGCGGAGGCCAUCUCGCUGAUUUGGUGGACCGUAAUGAUGUUCCUUUACCAGAGGAACCAGAUACUGAAGAUGAAACACUGCUUAAGAAAUGGAAAUGGAAGGUGAAGUCUGUGAAGAAAGAGAACAUGGAGAGGCAUUCACAGCGUUGUGACACAGAACUUAAACUAGCUGUAGCACGGAAAAUGAAGGAUGAAGAAGGUUUUUACUAUCCGCACAAUCUUGACUUUCGGGGCCGUGCAUAUCCUAUGCACCCAUACUUGAAUCAUCUCGGUUCAGAUGUAUGCCGGGGUAUUUUGGAGUUUCAAGAGGGACGCCCCCUUGGAAAGUCAGGCUUAAGUUGGUUGAAGAUACACUUGGCAAAUCUAUAUGCUGGUGGUGUGGACAAAUUAUCUCUUGAGGGUCGAAUAGCAUUUACUGAGAAUCACUUGGAUGAUAUAUUUGAUUCUGUGGACAAACCACUAGAAGGAAGGCGCUGGUGGUUGAAGGCAGAAGAUCCAUUUCAAUGCUUGGCUGUGUGCAUUAACCUUGCUGAAGCUUUGAGAAGCUCUUCUCCAGAGACUUUUAUUUCACAUAUUCCUGUACAUCAGGAUGGCUCGUGCAAUGGUCUACAACACUAUGCUGCCCUUGGAAGAGACAAGUUGGGAGCAGCUUCUGUGAAUCUGGUUACAGGAGAGAAGCCUGCAGAUGUUUACUCAGGAAUAGCUGUUAGGGUACUGGAAAUCAUGAGAAGAGAUGCACAGAAGGAUCCUGUAGUUUUUCCAGAGGCGUUGCGUGCAAAAUUAUUAAUUAAUCAGGUGGAUAGGAAAUUGGUGAAGCAGACUGUGAUGACAUCAGUAUAUGGUGUCACUUACAUUGGUGCUCGGGAUCAAAUCAAGAGGAGGUUGAAGGAACGUGGUUCCAUUUCAGAUGAUGCAGAGAUCUUUGGUUGUGCUUGUUAUGCUGCAAAGAUCACCUUAACUGCUUUAGGAGAGAUGUUUGAAGCUGCACGAGGUAUCAUGAGCUGGCUUGGCGAAUGUGCAAAAAUAAUUGCAUCUGAAAACCAACCGGUACGGUGGACAACUCCGCUUGGACUUCCAGUUGUGCAACCUUACCGUAAAUUCGGAAGGCAUCUUAUUAAAACUUCCCUUCAAGUUUUGACGUUACAGCGAGAAACAGAAAAGGUCAUGGUCAAGAGGCAGAGGACGGCUUUCCCACCAAAUUUUGUUCAUUCUCUAGACAGUUCUCAUAUGAUGAUGACUGCGAUUGCCUGUAAAAAGGCAGGCUUAAGCUUUGCAGGAGUUCAUGACUCAUAUUGGACACAUGCGUGUGACGUGGAUGAAAUGAACAAGAUACUUCGUGAAAAGUUUGUCCAGCUGUAUGAGACUCCAAUACUAGAGAAUUUAUUGGAGAGCUUUCAGCAGUCCUUUCCCGCAUUAACGUUCCCCCCCUUGCCUGAACGGGGUGACUUUGACUUAAGGGAUGUCUUAGAGUCGCCGUAUUUCUUUAACUAAUAGAUGGAGAGUUAUCUUUCAUUUGAAACUGCAUCUGUUCUGCCUCUGAUGUUCACACACUGCUGAUAUCUAUGAGCAUGCCAAGAUGGAAGCUGCCUGCUCGAACAACCCAGGCAGAGACUCGCUGCAUUAUGGCUGUAUAUAUCUGGAAAGGGUUCUUCAUUCAGAUGUCAGUGCACAUACGCCACCCGUGUACAGCCAACCAUUAACUUGAGAGUUUCUGAAUACCCGUAUGCACGUAUAUGCAGUCGAAGCUAAUCCAAGGCUGGUUCAUGGAACAAGCUUCUUCUGAAGAGGAAGCUGAGAAACAAAGAUGUUAUAAUGCUUUAUAAGAAUACAUGGUGUAUAUUCCUGUGAAGUAUGCAAAAGCUUUGUGGCUGAUUCAAGCAAUAUCUAGUCUUACAUGGCCCAGUUUUAUGUUGAUGUCUUUAUUCUUUUCUUGUAAAUUUGAGCGACAAAUUUGGUUAAACAGAUUUGUAAAUAAUUGGGAAUCAAUUCGUUCACAUUUAAUCAAAAUACAAUUUGACUAUGAAUGAAAGGGCCUGUUAUACGAG